GCCUGAUGGCGGGGUCUUGCGAGAUCAGCAACAUCUUCUCUAACUACAUCAGUGCCAUGUACCAACCGGAGGAGGUGCAGCCCACCCUGGACAUGCUGGGACACCUCGGGGACGACAGCGCCCUGGGGCUGACCCUCCCCACCAGCCAGCCGCUGGCACAGGGCACAGACAAGCCGGAGUGGUUCAGUGAGCUCCCGUACUUCUGGACCAAGGUGCAGGUGCUGGAGUGGAUCAGCUACCACGUGGAGAAGAACAAGUACGAUGCCAGCUCCAUCGACUUCUCCUGCUGCAACAUGGACGGGCACGCGCUCUGCCACUGCACCAGGGACCAGAUGCGCCUCAUCUUUGGGCCCCUGGGGGACGAGCUCUACGACCGCCUGCAUGAGAUCACCUCUGAUGAGCUGAACUGGAUCAUUGACUUGCUGGAAAAAGAGGAUGCAACUUCCCAAGAGACCUUCCUGGACUCUGGCCACCUGGAGCUGGGAGAUCCCUGUGCCAAGGACUCCCUGGAGGACUUGAAGCCCACAAACCCUUUCCUAUCCACAGACUUCGCCUGCUUGCCUGGUGCCAUGUCCCCAGGCAGCUCCGACAUCUCAGGGCCUGUGAUGUCCCACAGCCCCAACUCCCAAGACUCCGGUGGAAGUGACCUUGACCUCGACCCCACGGAAGCAAAGCUCUUCCCUGACGGUGGCUUUGCAGGGACCAAGAAAGGGGACAGCAAACAUGGGAAGCGGAAACGGGGACGGCCCAGAAAACUCAGCAAAGAAAGCAGAGACUGCCUGGAGAGCCGGAAGAGCAAGCACUCCCCAAGAGGCACCCACCUGUGGGAGUUCAUCCGGGACAUCCUGAUCCACCCGGAGCUGAACGAGGGGCUGAUGAAGUGGGAGGACCGACGGGAGGGCGUCUUCAAGUUCUUGCGCUCGGAGGCGGUGGCUCAGCUCUGGGGCCAGAAGAAGAAGAAUAGCAGCAUGACCUACGAGAAGCUGAGCCGAGCCAUGCGAUAUUAUUACAAACGAGAGAUCCUGGAGAGAGUCGAUGGGCGACGGCUGGUGUACAAGUUUGGGAAGAACUCCAGCGGCUGGAAGGAGGAGGAGGGGCUCAACAGGAACAAGGAGCUGUAG